AUGGAAGAUGUGAUAGUGGAAGCCCUUCUAUCUAAUGAACGGGAAGCUCAGAUUUUAGCUGCCAGAGAACUUGGUAAACUUGCAACCAAACUAAGACAGACUUUUCACAAUGAAAGAAACAAGAUCCGAAUUGCAAAUUCUGGUGCCAUACCAGUAUUGUUGGAGAUCAUUCAAUGCCAAAAAGAGUCAUUGAUUGACCUUGCAGCAGCAGCCCUCUUGGUUCUUUCUUCUUGCUCCGCUAACAAGUUAGCAAUCGCAGCAUAUGGGGCUGCCCAAAUCCUGGUUGGAUCUCUGAAUUCCCAAUUGGCAGAAGAACGCGGUUUCCAGAAUCUAAGCGUGCAGGCUAAGCUCGAUAUCAUAUCCAUAUUUCACAAUCUCUCCACCCAUCCUCAGAUAAUCCCAUCUAUUGUUUUGGGGUGGGGGAGGAGGCGGUGGUGGAAAUGGAGGAGGCGGUGGUUAGGGAAGUGA